AUGCGUUGUGAUGUGAUCGCUCAAGGAAUCGUGGCUGCGGCCGCGGAGCUGAAUAUCAAAGUGCCUAUUGUUGUUCGAUUGCAAGGAGCACUACGUACGGAUGAGCCGAAAUUGUCCACAUCGGGUGAGCCUUCUCGGGAAAGAGGAUAUCUGUCUAUCUUCAUCCUCCCUCAUCAAUCGGCGGUAAACCUUCUCGUGUGA